CGGCGCCGGGCCAAGCGCCACCGGGUCAAUUCGAAUCCACGCUACUUUUUUUUUUCCCUCCCUUCUUUCCCCCAGCCGAUUUUCCGCCCACCUUAUCCCGCGCUCCAGCUGUUCGGGUUUGAGUCCCUCCCUCGGUCACCCCGUGGAUUGGGCGAGCGCAGGAAGCAGGCCGAACCGGAUUCGCUUUCGCGGCUAGAAAAACCGACCAGGCACAGAUGGGCCCGGUUUGGUCGAUUCCGGAUUGGAGCGGGUGCUUAACGGGCCGCGAUCGUCAUCUCGCGGGGGGCUGAGCUCGGGUUCCUCCUCUUUCUUUAGAGUCCCUCCAGCCGCGCCGCCAGCACCAUGGCCGAGGUGCCCCCCGUGGUCCGGAUCAAGGUCUCCCUCAAGAUCCAGCCGAAUGACGGCCCCGUCUACUUCAAGGUGGACGGCCAGAGGUUCGGUCAGAACCGCACCAUCAAAUUGCUGACGGGGGCCAAAUACAAGGUCGAGGUGGCCCUGAAGCCGGGGACCAUCCACGCCACGACAAUGGGAAUAGGUGGAGUCAAUGUGCCCCUUGAAGAGACAGCAAGAGAACCACAGCUUGUUACUUACACUGGCAUCUAUGACACAGAAGGAGUUCCUCAUACCAAAAGUGGGGAAAGACAACCUAUACAAGUCAACCUACAGGUCACUGACAUAGGUGCUUUUGAAACAGUUUGGCAAGUCAAAUUCUACAACUAUCACAAGCGAGACCACUGCCAAUGGGGAAACAGCUUUGGCUGCAUCGAGUAUGAAUGCAAACCCAACGAAACGCGCAGCCUCAUGUGGAUCAAUAAGGAGAACUUCUUCUGAAGUGAGGCAACUCUGUCUGGACAAUUGCUUGGUGAAAUAACUGAUCUUCAAACCAGUGUAAAGCCUUACUCAGGCCCUCGGUUUUAAAUGUUUUUGUGGAAUAAACCGGAUUCCUCCCUUUCCCCACCUCACAACACGUUUGCUUGCAAAUAAGUUUCCUUUGAAGCUGACGAGACUUGCUUCCAAGUGAGUAGGUUGGAAAUGGUGGUCAUAAGAAAUGAGUGUUGCUGGAAAGAUGGCUCCUGCUCCCUCCUUAAAUGUGAACGGCUCCUCACCUGCACUGGGGUGAAUGGGCAAAAGGUGAUAUUGCAAUAUCCACUAGGCUCUAGAAGCUCUCUUUCCAUAAUCCUCCUGAGAUGUAGUUUGUGACACCCCCAAAUCAUUGUUUUAGAAUGUUAUCUGAUACAUGGUAAUAACAGUUUCUCUAUUUUUGUGUUCAGUCUGGUUCUCAUUCAUGCUAGCAAGUGUUGUGAAAUGCAGCUUCACUGCUGCCACUGUGCGCUGAAAUAUCAGGAUACCUUCUCCUUUCUAUUAAUGCUUUUCCAGGACUGAGGAAGCUACUGGACUAUGACUCUUAGCACUCCAUGCUAAUUGGGUUUUUGGUUGUUCUGACUCUCCAAUCUUUUCCUCUGGUACAGAUUACAGCGCACAGUGCUUAUUUCAGGUGAAGGGGCAUCUAAUAAGAUUAUUAUCUGCUCAUUUUUUUUUGCUUACUUUUCACAGCGAAGGUUUAGGAUUGCUGAAUAUUACAUAACGAGUAAGUUUUCGCCUAUCAAACCGUAAGCAGUGAUGGGAUUCUUGAAAUUAUGCAAAAUAUCAAUGGUUUUAAAUUGCAUCAUAUUUCUCAUAAUAAUUGUAUCUGCUACAAUUAAAUAUAUCCUAAUGUUGCAUAUCAAAGCCCACAAGUUUUCAGAUUACCUGUCCAACGAUAUUUUUUAAGGAAAAACGAAAUUAAUUUGCUACAAGUAACAUUUGAGCUGCAGCAGUUCAGAUAUUUCAGGUUAAACAUGAUUUUACCAGGAUGCUCUCCAAGUAAAAAGAAAGCUGUUUGUAUAUAAGCUUGUGCAGGAUUCUGGAAUCUGGUGCUAUACCCUAUAAUAAACCUGUUUACAAAUCUGUGGCAAAUGAGAAGCACAUCGUUUAUCUCUUAUGAAUUUCAGAUGAAUGUUGCUUCUUUUACAGAGUACAACUGGAUUAAUAGGAGGAAGUUGUGUUGAUGCUACUUUGCAUAUUAGUGUAUUUGUGCCAUUCAUGAGAACAAUCUGUAAAGUGAUACAGCUUUUGAUCUUUGUAAUAAAUGAGUUGGAAACCUG